AUGAUCGAAUGGCAAGCCACUGAGAUCCUAGCCGGCUGUUUAUUCACUGCACUAUUCCUAGCACUUGUUCUAAUUGCAACGCAAUGCUUAGCGUCAUGCUUCGACAAUUGGAGAAGUCAUCGACGAAAAUCUGAUCCGGAACGACUUCCUGAUGAUUAUGUCGACGAGAUACGUAGACUUCUAGAUAGGCACAAGAGAAUCAUGAACGAGUACGAGUUCCCAGAGGAAAGCAGAGAUGAGGAGGAAACUUUGAAGGCUGACGUAAGCUCCAUUUAUUACGCCUGCCUUGAAAUCACUUAAAA